AUGCGCAAGUCACUUUUCGCAAUCGCAGCCGCUGCUGCCACAGCUUCUGCAGAUUCUCUGACCGACAUCUGUACAACAGCCGUCGCUAAAGCGGCUUUACCCGCGGACGGUACAUUAUUCGGGAGUUCUGUCAUCCCAUCAUCGGUUACAGCAAACGUCGUCUACAACACUUCUGUCAGCGGACAAACUUUCUUCCCCGAUGCUACUGUCAAUUUCUGCAACGUCACCUUCUCCUAUACCCACAAUGGUCGUGGGGACAAUGUGGUUCUAACACUUUGGUUGCCAGCCCCAGAGAACUUCGAGAACAGAUGGCUCUCAUCUGGAGGAAUGGCUUACAGCAUCAAUUCGGGUACUAGUAACCUUGUCGGAGGUGUUAUGUAUGGCGCCGCGUCUGGUCUCACUGAUGGUGGAUUUGAUACUGUUUUCGACUCCGUAUUCCUUCUCGAAAAUGGUACAAUCAAUUGGGAGCCCACUUACAUGUUUGGUUAUCAGGCCCUUGGCGAGCUGACUACGCUUGGAAAAGAAUUUACUAAGCAGUUUUACGAUAUGGGUGAUAAUAAGCUCUACGCUUAUUAUCAAGGUUGUUCCGACGGUGGUCGUGAGGGAUGGAGUCAAGCUCAACGCUGGGGUGAUAUUUACGACGGUAUUAUUGCCGGUGCACCAGCUUUCCGAUAUGGCCAACAGCAAGUCAAUCAUCUCUUCUCAAAUGUUGUCGAGCAAACACUUGAUUAUUACCCAUCGCCAUGCGAGUUUGAACUAAUUGUUAAUGAAACCAUCUCUAACUGCGAUGCCCUUGAUGGCAAGGUUGAUGGCGUGGUGGCUCGAACAGACCUUUGCAAGCUUCAUUACAACAUCAACCAAACUAUCGGCUUGCCUUACAGUUGUGCUGCCAGCUCUGGUGGCGGCAUUGGUCUUGGUUAUGGUAAGCGCAAGAGGCAGAUGACCGGAGGAACUACCACCCCAGCUGCAAACGGUACUGUGUCAGCCGAGGCAGUAGCAGUUGCGCAAACCAUUCUCGACGGAUUACACGAUUCUCAAGGUCGACGUGCCUAUCUCUCGUAUCAGCCAUCUGCCGAUUUCGAAGAUGCAGCAACUACCUACAAUUCCGAUACCGAUUCCUACGAACUCAGCAUUGCUGGAACUGGUGGCGAAUGGGUCGCUAGGUUCCUUGAAUUACAGGAUCUUGAUAACCUUUCUUCUUUGGAUAAUGUCACCUAUGAUACCUUGGUGCAAUGGAUGGUUCAAGGUUGGACCAGAUAUGAGGACUCACUUCAGACCAACAACCCGGAUCUCACUGAUAUCUACAAUUACGGAGGCAAAAUCCUUCAUUUCCAUGGUGAAUCUGAUCCUAGUGUGCCCGCCGCUUCUUCAGUUCACUACUAUGAGUCUGUCCGCAGCAUCAUGUAUCCUGGUCUAUCCUUCAACGAGAGCACUGAAGCUUUGAAAGAAUGGUACCGCUUAUACAUGGUUCCCGGUGCAGCUCACUGCGCCAUCAACAGCGAACAAGAAAAUGGUCCUUUCCCUCAAACCAACUUGCAGGUCCUGAUUGAAUGGGUGGAAAAUGACACGGUUCCUGUCACUCUCAAUGCCACCCACUUGGCUGGUGACUACAAAGGUGACAACGCUCAAAUCUGUGCUUGGCCUCUUCGUCCUCUCUGGAUCAACAAUGGUACUACCCAGGAUUGUGUCUUUGACCAAGCUUCUUACGACACUUGGACCUACACUUUCGACGCUUUUAAGCGACCAUUGUACUAA